AUGCAAAUCCUAAGGAUUAUAUGGACCGCAUUGCUGAUGAGCUUUGCGCUCGCUUCAGAAUCUGCUUCCAAUGGGAUUAUUAAAGGAAGAUUUAAUUAUACGAUGGUUAACAUCCAUCAAUAUCCCGUCUCAAGAACACAUUUCACAUUGUAUCAAAUUGGAAAUUAUUCCACGAAUGAACCUUACUUUGCAACCACAGAAUUGAAGGAUAAUUUGGGCAAUUUCGAAUUCAAAAAUUUACCACUGAAUUUAGGAACCAACGCAACCACCUACUUUGUCAUGUAUCCAAGUUCCCUCGAUUUCAAUUUGAAGCCAAAUAGAAUCUUAAUUGAGUUUACCGAUAGGGGCAAUGGUACAGUGGAAUCUAAAGCAUUCAAAAACUAUUUCGGUAGAGAAUUCUUCCCCUCUAAAGAUAUUACAUACCCUGAAAAAUUGGAAAGUAUAAGCAUGGACCCAUUUAUUGAAAUUGCAUUGGUUCACAUUGCUCCUCGUAGAUCGUAUUUCCAAGUAAGAAAUGCGGGUAUACUACAAAGUGGAAUAAUUGGGAAUAUUUUAAGUUCUCGUUGGAAGACUGCUGCUGUCAUAACUGUAAUUUGUUUGGCAAUAUUCCCAUUUAUAGUUGAAAAAUUUGACCCUGAAACGACAAAAGCCAUGAAGGAGGAUGCCCUUAGAAAGCAAAGAGAAAAAUAUGUCAUAAAGAAUUAA